AGUCCGGGGCAAUACACACACACUCUCACACUCUCUCUCACACACACACUCUCUCUCUCAUACACACACAUACACUCUCUCUCUCUCAUACACACACACUCUCACACUCUCUCUCUCUCAUACACACACACUCUCACACUCUCUCUCUCUCACACACACACUCUCAUACACACUCUCUCUCUCAUACACACACUCUCUCUCUCUCCGGCGCGCCUCUGUCCCGUUCUCCUCCCGAAUUCAGACUCCUGCGUGGCGCGUGCCGUGGUGCAGCCGCGUCUCCUCCCCUCCUGCCCCAGCCCUCUGUCUCCCACAAUGCACUGCGCUCUGAAUCUACCUCUCUUUGAACUGUGGAUCAGCAGCUUACUGUAGUAACCAGUGAACUAGUCCCCUCCUGGCUCGCGGGGUGCAAGCAGUGCUGCCAAAAACACGUCUUGGACUUCAGAUUUGAGCAGCUUAAUAUGGACAGCUGCCAAUGACUGAACUGUACAUCUGGGGCAAUGGAAGUGUGAACACGUCAGAGCAAGGCUAGCAACAACAUGGCUGCCCAUCGCAUUCGAGUGACCAACAACAACAAUGUCCUCCCGCGAUGCAAGUCAGAAGGCACGCUGAUCGACCUCAGUGAGGAUGUGUCCGAGGCCAGUCUUACAGAAGUCCAAGUGCCUUCCCCCAGUGCCUUGCGGUUGGACACCACUGCAUCUUUUGGGACUGCACAGGAAGUAGUCGCCAUCAAGGACUACUGCCCUUCCAGCUUCACCACAUUAAAGUUCUCCAAAGGAGAUCGCCUCUACGUCUUGGAUACGUCCGGAGGAGACUGGUGGUAUGCUCACAACAACACUGAGAUGGGAUACAUUCCAUCUUCGUAUGUCCAACCCGUUGGCUAUCGGGACUCUUUUCUCAGUGACAGUGGAAUGAUCGACAACCUCGGGGACUCCUCAGAUGAAGGUGUGAAGGAGUUAGACCUGCUGGGAGAGUGGACUGGAGUGUCCCUAAAACUUCCUCCACAUUACAACAGCAAAAACAACCCCUUUUCUACCAAUCCAUUUCUCAACGGGACCAUGCAGAGCCAGCUACAAGACCAGAACACCAACCAACACAACAGCAUUGACCUGCUUCUGUUUGACUCUCUGACUCCAUCUGCUCCUGUCUCCACGACCAGCAGCAACAGCACAAGUAACGGAUAUGGCAGUAUCAUUUUUGAUGGCACGCCCACCAGUCCUAAUGGAGAAACCUUACAAGUAUUCCGCAAGGACAACCCAUUUUUCCGGAGUAAAAGAUCCUACAGUUUGUCAGAGUUAUCAGUCCUACAGUCUCAAUCGACUCCUCCUUUGCCACCAUCCGAAUUCUUUACAGGUCUCAAGGCACCGUCUCCAGAGCAGUUUAAGAGCAGGGAGGAUUUUAGGACAGCUUGGUUGAACCAUAGGAAGUUGGCACGCUCGUGUCAUGACCUUGACUCCUUGGGACAGAACCCAGGCUGGGGCCAAACCCAACCAGUUGAGACUAAUAUUGUGUGUAAGCUGGACAGUUGUGGUGGGGCAGUUCAGCUGCCAGACACAAGCAUCAGUAUUCACGUUCCUGAGGGUCAUGUCGCAGCAGGAGACACCCAGCAAAUCUCCAUGAAGGCUUUACUGGAUCCCCCGCUGGAACUAAACAAUGAUAGAUGUACUACAGUCAGUCCUGUCGUCGAAAUCAAACUGAGUAACAUGGAGACAAAGUCGUUCAUAACCUUGGAGAUGAAAGUAUCUGUCGAGGUGAAGAAAGAGAGCAGACAAAUGACAAAGGUUGUAUGUGUGAGGGGUGACAGUAAAGACGGCCCCUACGUCCCAGUUCCUCAAGCUUACAUAUACGGUGACACGGUUCAGGUUCAGUUGGAUAGCCUGGAACCAUGUAUGUAUGUCGCAGUUGUGGUCCAGUCCCACAACGUCUCCUUUAAUUUAACAGUUUGGGAUCAAGUGGUGAAGAAAAUCACGUUGGGUCUGUAUGGACCCAAGCACAUUCAUCCAUCCUUCAAGACUGUGGUGGCUGUUUUUGGACACGAUUGUGCUCCGAAGACAUUGCUUGUCAGUGAAGUCGGGAAGCAAGCUCAAUCUGCACCGCCUGUCGCACUUCAGCUGUGGGGAAAGCACCAGUUUGUCCUCAACAGACCUCAAGACCUUCAAAUAGGCAUGUACUCGAAUAUGAGCAAUUUCGAGGUGAAAACGAACGAUCAGGCCAAGGUGGUCCGGGGCUUUCAGGUAAAACUCGGCAAGGUGAGUCGGCUCAUAUACGUCAUCGCGUCUCGAAACGCGCAGGAGCUGUCCGACUUCACCUUACGGGUUCAGGUGAAGGACGACCAGGAUUGCAUCCUUGCUCAGUUCUGUGUCCAGACGCCACAGCCUCCUCCUAAAACUGGAAUCCGAGCCAAUGGCCAGCGCAGGUUCCUGAAGAAGAAGGAAGUAGGGAAAAUCCUGUUGUCCCCUUUGGCUAUCACAACUAAAUACCCACAGUUCCAAGAGCGUUGCAUCACCAACUUAAAGUUUGGUAAACUGAUCAAGACAGUGAUCAGGCAAACAAAGAACCAAUAUUUGCUGGAAUAUAAGAAGGGUGACGUCAUCGCCUUGCUAAGCGAGGAGAAGAUCAAAUUGAAAGGACAAUUGUGGACCAAAGAGUGGUAUAUCGGUUACUAUCAGGGAAAGACUGGACUUGUACACGUGAAAAAUGUGCUCAUCUUGGGAAAAGUAAAGCCCAUAUACUUUUGCGGGCCAGACCUGACGACCACAAUGCUGCUGGAACAAAUUCUCAAGCCCUGCAAGUUUCUUACCUACAUUUAUGCCUCUGUGAGGACCGUACUAAUGGAGAACCUGGGAAACUGGAGGGCAUUUGCAGAUGCCCUGGGUUACGAUAAUCUGCCCUUGACUUACUUCUGCAGGGCAGAUUUGGAUAGUGAGCCUGAGAGAGUGGCUUCUGUGCUGGAGAAACUCAAAGAGGAUUGCAACAACCUGGAAAUGAAGGAGAAGAAAUCUUUCCAGAAGGAGCUCAUGAUGGCUCUGUUAAAGAUGGACUGUCAGGGUCUGGUGGUGCGUCUCAUGCUGGAUUUCGUGCUCCUGACGACGGCAGUGGAAGUGGCUCCUCGCUGGAGGGAACUGGCUGAGAAACUCGCUCGAGUCUCCAAGCAGCAGAUGGACGACUACGAGGCUCCACACCGAGACCGAAACGGAGUGAUGGACUCAGAGGCCAUGUGGAAGCCGGCGUACGACUUCCUGCUGACGUGGGCGGCUCAGAUCGGCGACAGCUACCGCGACGUGAUCCAGGAGCUCCAGCUGGGCCUGGACCGCAUGAAGAACCCCAUCACCAAGCGCUGGAAACAUCUCACAGGGACGCUCAUCCUUGUCAACUGCCUCGACAUGCUGCGGAGCUCCGCCUUCAGCCCCACCUCUCACGACGACUUUGCCAUCUAGAGCGUAACAACGUGGCGAUCCCGUUCAGGAGGACAUGCUGGUUCUUACAGACUGUUUUGCAUGUUUUACCUCAGCAGGAUCCAGCGUGCCCUUCCUCACAGUUUGACCUUUGACCUCUUCUGUACGGCUGUCCAUCGCAGUUUGAAUCUUUUAACAAUCUGUGGUUUUGUCCCUCGUCGUCUCCUCUGGAAGCCAAAACCCUCUCAUUGGUUCAUACUCACCAUUUUUUAUGUUUUUGUUAGCACAUUUACUUUUGAUACAAUUUUUAGAGUCAACUGUAAAUUAUUAUCUUUCAGUAGCAGAUUUAAGAGACGCUCUGUACCGUGUACUAACACGUCUCGAGAUGUAACUCCGCCCCUUUAUCUCAUCCUGCAAAGGUUAUUGUAAAGCGCUUGUCCUUUAACGUGUCCUGCCUGCUCUGCUUUAUUAACAUCAACGGACAAUCAGUGAAACCGUUAGGAAGGUAGAAAUGAUGCUCGGAUUGUGCUAGUUGUGAAUUAGUGAUCCGUCCAGACUUUAUGCUCGACAUGUGUUCCAUGUUGUUUUAAAAAUGUCACUGUGACAUGUUUCGAAACAUGAUCAAUUGUUGGAA